AAUUUCCUGAUAAUGUCCCUCCCUCGUCAGCUCAGGGAUGAGAGUGACUUUGAACAACUGGCAGAAGAUGUUGCAGUGUCUGCCCACAUUGCUGAUGUUGAGGAGAGAAGAGGGUUCUCAGUAUACUAUACAUUUGUAAUUGAAGUUAAAACAAAAGGAGGCAGUAAGUAUAUUAUAUACAGAAGAUACAGUGAGUUCUUCACACUGCACACUAAGCUAGAGGAGAACUAUGGACCAGAGAAAGAGGUUGCACCAUACAUAUGCUCCCUGCCCCCUUUCCCAGGAAAGAUUUAUGUUGGAAACAAGAAGGAUAUUGCUGAAGGUCGCAUCCCUCUUCUCAACACUUACAUGAAGGGCCUGUUGAAUUUCCCAGUAUGGCUUCUACUAGAUGAAGACCUUAGGAUAUUUUUCUACCAGACAACCUUUGACAGUGAAAGCGUCCCACGUGCCCUGCGCAGGUUACGCCCUCCAACUCGUAAAAUUAAGAAAAACUCCCAACAUAUUUCAGAAAUGGAGCGACCCAGAGCAGAGGCUUUAUUUGACUUUAAAGGAAAUGCUGCUCAAGAAUUGAACUUCAAGAGUGGAGAACUUGUAUAUCUUCUCAGUCGAGUAAACAGAGAAUGGCUAGAGGGAUCCGUGGCUGAUCGAGUAGGUAUUUUCCCACAAUCCUUUGUGAGAAUCAUCAAAGACCUACCUGAAGAGAAGUUUCCAGUGAGCUGGCUACGUUGCUAUUUUCAUGAUUAUGACAGGUGUCACAUCAGAGAUAUCUCCUUAGAAGAAGAUGUGAAGAAUCUUCCCACUUACAAGGAGCUGUUGGAGCUAAUAAGAACUCAGUUCCCUGGGAAUGAUGUGGCCCUGAAUAUAAAAGAUGCAGAUGGUGACCUGAUUCGCCUGUUAGACAACAAUGACAUAGAGCUUCUUUACACAAGAGGAAAGAGGAAGACUUACAAAGAAAACUUCUUCUCCUGGGAGUUACACAUAACACACAGCGAGGACCUGGAUGCAUACAGUAAUGGAGCUGAAGAAUAUAGUCACACAGCAUAGGCGCACAAUGCAUUGUAUCCAAGAACAGUGACAAAGAACUCCAGGCUGGCAAUAAAUAAGAACAAAACAUGACCAAAGAAGCUUUGUUUUUUGAAAAUGCCACGGUGUGUAAGCGUGUAAAGUCAGUGCACAUACUGUAUUCAGGAAGUACAUUCAAUUCAGGAGUAAACUGCUGCCUCACACCACAAUCCAUCUGCUAUUCAUUUUAUUGGCAGAAGCAUCAUCAAUCAUAGGCAGCUCCUGGGGGCAUUACAGAUGUCUUCAAAGCCCCUCAAGAGCAGGAAAGAAAUGACAGAUGUUAUUAAUUAUAUUUUUUUCUUUUUAUCCCUCCCAUUCUCUCCUCCUU